AUGGCCACCCAGAUCAGCGUGCUUGAGUCGCUGGCGAAUCUCUUUAGCUCCCGGGAAGUCAGGGCACCGAGCGUGGAAGUGGCGCUUCUGCCUCGUGUGGGAAGGUUGGCGGACAGCGACGCUCUGGAGAACCACGUAGGGGAGAGCGACUACAUUGUGGAAACACUCGCUGCUGCACCCUACUCCGUCUUGAACGAUGCUUCAAGUAGCAGCUCCAUUUUGUUGUUGCCAGAGCUACAAAGCCCUGUCAUAUCCUUGCCAAUACAGUCGUCCAGCUCAGCGCCGCAGGAGCGCGCCUAUGACACACGCUUAGGCGGGGGUUGGCCGCAACAGGCGUCUGCGACGAGCGAGCUCGCUUCCUUGACAAAGGCCCUAAGUGUGCUGAGCGCAAUUCUGCAGAGAUCCCAACGUGCUCAUCAGCGCUCGCGCAAUUUUGGCCACCUGCUGACUUUGCUCACGGACGGGCGUUUUGUUGCCACAGCUGCAGAACAGGUACAGACACUUUGGCUGCGCUGCAAUGGACAUGCAGGAUUGGCCGGGGCGCAAGCAGGCGAAGAUGCAGCUCUUUCACUCUACUGCGAUGUUCUGCUCCUAGUUGCGUACCAUGCGAGGACUGCAGGUUCCAGCGACAAGGUUUCAUCCAGCCUUGUAGUCUCUGAAGAGGUGCUUGCAUCGUUGUACGCGGUCAACAGAGACAUGGGUGCAGAACUUGUCAGGGCAGCCGCGCAUCGGCCAGCCUACCUGCGUCGUAGUGUCGUCUCUCUCACUGCGUUCUGUAUUCUGCAGGCGGCUGGUCUUCCCCACAGGGUGCUCGAGGAUGCGCUGCUAAACCUGGAACUCGGUUCUGCCGCGCAGGCAAACAUGGCGCACAUGGCCUUCAUGGCGGCUCUUCCAACGACAUGGUCACACAUGACACUGAUGUGGCAAUGUCGCGUGCUCGAAGUGGUGCGCAAGGCUACCCUCUAUGACACCGCUGCCGACGUUGCCAGCUGCACGGACAGCGCCACCGCCGUUUGUGUCAUCAAGCGAAUCAGUGCGUGGGUGUAUGGAUACGCAAUGCACAGCUUCUUAUCUGUGAUGUCGGAGGCCGCGUGGUACUACUGUACGGCUGAUGCACUCCUCCACAUCAGUCGCGCUGUGAGCGUGUAUGGGCCGACAUGGACGGCCUACUCGGAGAGCUACAUGAAUCUUGUCAGCUUUCUGCAUCGCGCUCUCAGUCGGUACGAGCUGCCCUACGCCCAGGGGGAGCCGGCCGCGUUGAGAGUGGCGGCGCCUGGCGCGUCAAAGGGGACCUUAGCAGGAUCGUCGAGAGCAACUCUUCGUGCGAAUCAGCGGGUGGGUGUGCACUCCACGCAACGGACGGAGUCAUCGGUGGAGUCGCUUAUGCGGCGCGCCAUUCUCGGUGCGGCGGGCGCGGGAAACGACGCUGGCUUCCCGGACCAGCAGCGAGGGGAGGACAGGAUCACCUGCACCGCUUUUCAUACCAGUGAUAGCGCCUCUGUGGAAGGCGACGGUGUGCUGGGCGAGAGUGAUGAUUCCCCGGAAUCCUUUCUAGCACGAUGCGAGGCAGAUCCUGAUUCUCCCCGAAACUUCGUCUUCUAUCUGUCUCUGCUGGCGUACGUGACCUCGGCGCUGCCGUCGCUGCUGGACUCGCUGGGAGAACUCCGUCUCUUCUUUUAUCUUUCCCAGUCCACUCGCACUACAGUGAUUGCAAACAACGCCGCCCCGGCGGGCGGUGCGGAAGCAACGGAGGCGCCUCACUCCGCGUCCGGAAGGGGCCGCAGCCUUUUUGCCUUGUGCAUGGACGGACUGCGCGUCACUCUCAACUCCGCCCUCGCUCACACCACCGAGAAGAAGAGUGUGCAAGAUCGCGAGAAGCGUCUGCUCUGCGAGUCCGCUACCACACUCUUAUGCGCCUUCCUGUGUCAAUUUCCGCACUCGUUGCAGCAGCUCGAGAAAGAGGCCGGCGCCUGUCAUCUCGUCAGUCUCGCGAACCAAGUGGUGACAACCAUUCUCAAGGCACCAAGGCCUUCGCUGCGGAUGAAGCGACUCGCGUACCGCUUACUGCAGCGCUACGCAUCCGCCGUGGACUCUUUGGGGGCUGUAAUGGCACAUCUCUUGGCCCCGUCGCACUGGGCAGCGCUGCGAUUGGACGAUGAGUAUGUCGAGGCCGACUGGACCGCAUGCCUACAGCUCUAUCCGCAUCUAUGCCGUACCAUAUAUGAGUUGUCUCCUGCAGAGCCUGGGCGUCUUGUCUCGCUGCUAGCGGGAAUUCCGGCAGGCGCCUUCAGCUGCUCUUCUAGUGGUGCAGAGACAGCCACUACGCUAGUGCACGCCAUCUUCACCUUGAUAGAGGAUCAUGCCGAAGACGCGACGCUCUUUGCUGGUGUGACAGUGCCGCAGCUGCCACAGGUUAUCGCCCGUAUCGGCGAGGCGCUCGAUACCUUGGCGAAGGCGUACGUCAAAGGAAAUUGGAUGGUGGGCGGGGAGUCGACAUGGUGCUCCGUGUGCGCCGCCGCCUCCUUGCUCUACAAGGCUGUACUGCUCUACGACGUACCUGCACUAGUGGCGACGUCGGUCUUUCCUGCACCGUCUGGCCUCCAAGGGCGCAUCAGUGGCGGUAGCGUGAUGAGUGAGAUGCGUGAUGGUGGUGGUGCCUGUCGUUCGUGCAGCGUGGUGCAGGUACUCCUGCAGCUGCUCUGCGAAGAUCUCUUGGCACCGAUUCAUCAUGCCGUGACUGAGCUUCUCGUGGCAGCCUUGCACGCAGCCGCUCUCCACCGCACCUCCGACUUCGUGCUUCAAAUGUUUCGUUCACACCUCUCACCGAACGAGGUCGUGGCUAUCACCCAACGGAUUCUGCAGAUGCAGCGGGUGAAUGUGGGGUCGCCAUCAAACGCAAUGCGACUGGAGUUGGUGCAGGCAAUGGCCAUGUGGUGUCCGGCGCUAUUCCUCUUCGUGUUUGGGCCGGAGAAGCGUGACGUUGGCGAGGACGCCGACGCUAGUGAAGGCGCCGCGGACGGGCGAUUCGGGAGUGGGGACAGUGGCGUUGACAGCGGCAGCGUUGACCAGCCAAAAACACAACCAGCAGGUCUGCCGCUCAUGCAGUUGCUCGUGGAAACAGUGCGCUCAGACAAGGCCGCCCUCUACGAAAAGGCGCUUGCGCUGAACAUACUUCGGUGCAGCGGUAUGACAAAGCUUGUGCCUGUGCAGGAAAUUGUGUCCCUUGUGCCGCGCAAUGACGGUGAUGAGACAAAGACAAACGCUAGCCGCAAGGGUGGCGAGUGGGAGGAGGCAACGCUGGUGGUGGCAUGUGUCGCCUAUGUGAAUGCGAGAGUUGCGCUUGAGCUGUCCAAGGCGAAGCUGACUGGCUCCACACUGGACAGCUGCGCUGCCAGCGGUGCCGGUGGAGAGGUGAAUGACAGCAACAAAUCGACAACGUCGACUCGAGACAGCACCACCGCUCCACCAACGCAGCAGCGACGCUCAACCCUAGUGCCCCUGUCGCCGUUUGGAUCGACAAGCGCUCGUAGCAAGGUGCUGGCUCCCUACACAGAUAUCAUGGAUCAGUUGCUUCGCCAUGGCGCUGCUGCUCUGCAGCGGGUGCGCAGCCUGUACGAUGUGGAGUGGUGCGAAGUGGACUAUGAUGACCAAACCAACUGGUUGGCACGGCAGGCAACGAGGUUGACACUAGGCGAGAACACUGACGUCAGUGCCAGUGUUAUCUUUCCGCGCGGGAGCGCAGUGACAGCAUCAAAGCGUUUGGCAUGUGGAAGUCAGCUCGACAGCGUCCACACCACUCUCCACCGAACAUCGCAGGUCAGCGUUCUGAGCCGCUGUGCUGUGCCAACGGCUCUCGCUGCUGCCUCUGCUGCCCGUGCCAAAAGGGAGCUGUCGAACACGGCGACCUCCUUCCACACCCUCUCCAGCGAAAGCGUCGAGGUCGUCGCGGCGCAUCGGCGGCUCUUCCCUGUUGGCACCGCCGCUACACGCUUCUUUCUCGGCACUGGUGACGACCGGCGCCUCAACAGCCUUGCCGCACAGCUGGAUACAAUGGCAGACUUGGCCACUGCGCUUGAGCAGCUGUUGUGGCUCAGUGGGGUUGAUACGUACACGGCGGGGCUCUUCGGUAAGCGGACACAACAGCUACUCGAGUGUGCCGUUGAGUCAGUGCUGUCUUGCCAGCCGGGGCCGCCGAUGUUGGCCCCAUUCCUUACCCGUCAAGUGCAGCAACAACUGCGUCUCGCCAAGGCGGCCACGAGUAUCUUGGAGAGUGCGGUUGGCAGCGAGGCAGCCGAGCUGCUCGAGAUGAGCCCCACCGGGCAGCACUCACUGCGGCGUCUGGUGUCCUUUGCCAAGGCGAAUCGCCGAAACACGUUUGUGCUGCUCGACACACUUCCUGUUGUCACAGCGUUUCCGUUGUCCAACUUCACCACCUACGCCACCAUGGAGGAGUUAAUGGCGAUGGUGCAGGAAGCCCUGCACGCCAAGCUGCAGCUAUGCACCUGGACGGCAGAGACACUGGUGAUGCUGGAGAGGUUGGUAAACGGAUGCACACGCGUCUUCAGUCGGCCACGCACUGACGGGUGUGGCGAUGCAGUGCUCGUCAGCCGCCUGCUGCCAACCUUGAUGCAGGUAGCGUCGCGUCUCUCACGAUUUGUUCAGCCAACACAGCCGACCAACACCGAUGCGCUUCGCUUUGUGCGAGUUUUGGAGUGCGUUGGCUGUGUCAUUGCCCACUGUGGUGAGCAGAUGGCAGCUGUCGGCUUUGUGGAGGAAGAUGUCCUCCUAGGCUUUCUGCAGGCACUGGGUCAGUUUUCUGCCUCCUCUGUCUAUGAUGCCGCUGCGCAGCGGCACCUGCGUCUGGCGUGGAGCGUCUGCUGGAUUGCGCUGCUCUCCUUGUGGUGUACGAUCAUGUCCGUGCGAGGGCAAUACAGCGCAAUCGCGUCAGGCUGGGUGCCAUCACUGAAAGCAGCACUGCUGAGCAGCCCACGGUUUGCUGCUGCUCUUAGCGCGUUUGCCGGUGUACGGGGAGCCGACCGGUGCAGACUACUCCUGUGGGAGGUAGAGGAAGUGGACUGGUGCACGCGACUUGUGGCGGUACUAGCGGUGCAGAACGUCCUUCUUGAAAAGCUCACACCGUGUGUCCAGGCAGGCUUUGUGUUCCUCCGGCAACCUCACUUACAACAGCAGUGUGUGUCCUCGCUGCCGAGUGCAGAGGCGGCGAUUAGUGAGGGAAAGCGUAUCACGAUCGCUCAGUCUUAUGUGCUGCGCAGCGAACUCACGAUCCUGUUGAAGCAGCCAUCGUACGCCGUUCCGCGUGACGGCGCCACACUGGCAUCCUUUGUGUUUCCGCUAGAGUUACUCGGGCAGACGGUGGAGCUGGCGAGCGCGCCCAGCCUCUCCAACGACGACGUCGCCGCUGCUUCCACAGCCAUCUCGCUCGUAUACUCCUUAGACCUCUUGCGCCAGUUCACCUUGUGGGAGCUGCAGAUUCUUCGGAAAGUCGCCGCCACUUCUGCCCCUACUGGCGGCAUUGGACUCGAGCGCUCCUCGAAUAUGGGGCUCACAAGUUUUGCAUCGCGGGAGUCAAGUGUGACGCGAUCCUCCAGCAAGAGACCGCUUGCCGGCGACACUGACACCGCUACAGACGUUGAUGACUCUUUCACAGCUGAUGGUCAGAUCGACAUCGCGACAGAUGUUCAGACAGUGCACCUGGAGACUGUGCAGCUCGCCUUGACGGCGUACGCCUUCACGGUGCAGGAUUUUAUCCAAAACGCGAGAAAUGCACCUCGUAUUUUGUACACAGCCGAGGUGGUCUGUGGGGUGCGACACUCGAUGGAGCGUCUCGUUCGCACACUGCGAAGCUUCGUGAAGGACCUCAGCGAGGUGCGUUGGCCGUUGCUCAGUCGCGUGGUGCAAGGACAGACGGCGCAGCUACAGCACUUCAUCGAGUGCCUGUGA